CUGAUUCGUUACGCAGUACAUAUAUAAAACAGCAACAUGAGAGUUAAGUUCAAGCAGCAACUAAGACUAUAGGAGGACUCAGAGCAUGAUGGCGUUUUCGACACUCUUCUGUGAAAUAUUGGUUCUUGGUAUUUUGGCCGUAAAAGUGGCAGCAAAAGAAUGUAGGGACAAUGUGGAGGGUAUAGAUUAUACUGGAACGAUAAAUACAACAGAAAAUGGACUGAAAUGCAAAGAUUGGUCAAACACAGAUUCCAAUAUGACUCUGGACACACAAAGGCUGUUGGCAGAUCAGCAUAAUUAUUGUCGAAACCCUGAUAGUGACCCAUUUGGACCUUGGUGUUAUACAACUGACGAUGAUACAGAAUGGGAAACUUGCGAUAUUCCUUUUUGUGAAGGAGCAAGCACCCCAGGAUGGGCCUAUUGGACACAUGGCUGGCAAAAAUUUGAAGAUUCGUGUUAUCUUAUCAAAUACACAAAGGAAAAUUGGUAUGGGGCAAAGUUUUUCUGCAAAGACAACCUCGAUGCGUAUUUGGCUGAAAUUAAAACAGCUGGAGAAAACAACUUUUUGAUGAGUAUCCUCCCAAAACCAACAAUCGAUGACACUGAUCUAGAGGUUUGGCUUGGUGCAAAUACUUUGAACGCUAAACGACGAUUUAUCUGGAAAACUAGCCUCACCGACUUCGAUUUUACUGAUUGGGGACCCGGAGAGCCGAAUGGUCGUUCUUAUGAGCAUUGUCUGUCAACCCACAUGUACAAUGAUGGUAAACUUCAUUGGAACGAUAGGGCAUGUUUAACAGAGCACUUCUUUGUCUGUGAAAAAAGUGUUGGACCUUCAGGAUGCGGAGAAUAGGAUCCAAUACUGCUGACAUGUCAUUAUCAAAAAUAAAGUUAUUUAAACUUA